AUGCAAGUUCACUUACUUUUCAUCGCUUUUCUACUCGGUAUCGGCAGAGUUUCGGCUUUCUCUACGCAAGAGGUGGACAUCGUGUACACCUCAGGAGAGGACCGCGAUCCCAUCCGUCUCUUCAUUCCUGACAUCUCUGUGCCCAACAGCACGACGACCACGCCGGAAGUUCCUUUGGUCGUCCUCUUACAUGGACGCUGCAUGGACGGAGAGUCGACAAAUCGCAUCUUACGUUUCAGCGAACAAGUCGACGAACGCGGCUUCAUUCUGGCUCUUCCGGAAGGCACGAGAAAUCGUUACUGGUGCUCCACGUGCGCUCGGCUUGGCGGCGUUCUCAACACGAGAUAUGGCUGCCGUUCGUGGGCGGCCACGCCCGCGUGCUGUGCUGCGAAUCGAUUCUCCUUCCGUCCGGGUGACCCUGAUAUUUGGGAACCCGUCGAUGACGUCGAGCACAUCUCGCAAGUCAUUCAAGCCGUGAAGUCUCAAUACAACGUCGCUGAGGACAAAGUGUUCGUUGUCGGAUGGGAGAACGGCGGAUUUAUGGCGUACAGAAUGGCGUGCGAAAAGCCUGACUUGAUCAGUGGAAUUGUUUCAAUCAGUGGUCUGACUUUUGCUGAUGCUCAAGCGAACUGCGCCGCGUUCAACGCCGACUCAAAGACACCCGUGAACGUCCUGCACAUCGCGGGUGAAUUCGACAACAUUCCCGUUGAUGGCGGGCGUUUCGAAGGCAGACCGAUUCCGUCCGUCGACACCACGCUCGCGGGCUGGGCCGAUCACAACGGAUGCGACUCAAACGCGAAAGUCACGAAUUCGAACGUCCUCGUGUCUCGCCAAAAGCUCGUACCAAACGCUGCCGACACAGAUGUCAUGUUCUUUGGCAACACAAGCGAAUGCGAUACCGGUGGCCGCACGGAAUUGCGCCUCAUCCGAGGACUCAACACCGAACUCGCCAACGCGAUGACAUUCACAUCGAGCUUUUCGCCAGAAAUCAUCGAUUGGAUGCUCGAGUCCGAAGGUGUUUCGAACAACGGCUUCGUCGAUGUCGUGGAUGAUGAUGAUAAUACUGCGCCCGCGCCCGCGCCGAGCGUUGAAACGUCCUCUGGUCCCGAACAAGGCUACACGUAUUGUCCGCCCGAUGUGUUGCGGUGUCCCGAUGGGGAGAUGGUCACGCGCCAAGCGCCUACGUGCGAGUUCCAGUGCUCGAACGGCUCCCCGCAAAUUGAGUAUCUGGAGUCAAUCUGUACGAGCAACGACUGCUGCGGUACGUACGGCCUGUGCCUGUCCACAUCCGCUUGCACCGGCGUGUCAUGUCCGAACGAUAUUACUCUCGACAACUAUGACACGUACAUGCUCGCUCGCGAGAGCCCGCCGACGGCUCCGCCGAAUAGCGCCGCUGGAAAGACAGACGCGUUCACUUUCGCCGCGCUCGCCGUCGGCGCGAUGAUCGCGUUCGUGUGA